UUGUUUAUGUCGAUGAGCUCUCGGAUUGGCGGAGCAAUCAAAGGGGUGCCGGGCGCGCUGGGGGCGGGUGAAGCGCCUGUUAAUAAAUCCAGGCGUCUCACCGUGGGCGGGAACAUCAACAGUAAAGAGUGUGUGAGAGUGAGUUUGUGGCCACAAAGAGCCACGGGAGAGCAACGCUGGAGGAGCCGGGGCUGUGGUGGUGUGGCGGCGGGCGGCGGUUGUGGUUGACCGGGGGCUCGCGGAGGGGGCGAGGCGGCCCCUCUAUGCGUCUCCACCCGGACGCGCGUGUAUGGACGACCACUUCUGUCUCCUGCGAUCCCCCCCGCCGAACGCGACCGAAACCCAGGGUGACACGUUGGUGAACCACGGCUAUACCGGAGAGGCGGAGAGCGGCGUGAUGACGGUGGUCGCGUGUGACAACAACAUGCUGGAGGAGUCGGCGGCUCUCCCGGGGGGCCACCUCUCCCUGGAGCGCUACGAGCCCGACCACGAGUGCUGCGAGCGGGUGGUCAUCAACAUAUCGGGCUUGCGCUUUGAGACCCAGCUGAAGACCCUUUCCCAGUUCCCCGAGACUCUGCUGGGGGACCCCAAAAAGAGGAUGAGGUACUUUGACCCCCUGAGGAACGAGUACUUUUUCGAUCGGAACCGACCGAGUUUUGACGCCAUCCUGUACUACUACCAGUCUGGGGGGCGCAUAAGGAGACCCGUCAACGUGCCCAUUGACAUUUUCUCCGAGGAGAUUCGCUUCUAUGAACUCGGGGAGGAGGCCAUGGAGAAGUUCAGAGAGGACGAGGGAUUCAUCAAAGAAGAAGAGCGACCUUUGCCGGACAACGAGUUUCAGAGACAGGUGUGGCUGCUGUUCGAGUACCCAGAGAGCUCGGGUCCCGCCCGGGGGAUAGCCAUCGUCUCUGUGAUGGUCAUCCUCAUCUCCAUUGUUAUCUUUUGUCUGGAGACGUUACCGGAGUUCAGGGACGACAACAAGGAACCUGUUACGCCGGCGGUCAACGGCACGGCCGCUUACUACGGGAACCCGUUCUCGGACCCGUUCUUCGUGGUGGAGACGCUUUGCAUCAUUUGGUUCUCCUUCGAGCUGCUCGUGCGCUUCUUCGCUUGUCCGAGCAAGGCGACGUUUUCUAAAAACAUAAUGAACAUCAUUGACAUCGUGGCUAUUAUCCCCUAUUUCAUCACCCUGGGGACCGAGCUGGCUGAGAGGCAGGGCAACGGCCAGCAGGCCAUGUCUCUGGCCAUCCUGCGCGUCAUCAGGCUGGUGAGGGUUUUCCGUAUCUUCAAACUUUCACGCCACUCCAAGGGGCUGCAGAUUUUAGGGCAGACCCUAAAGGCCAGCAUGCGGGAGCUGGGCUUACUCAUCUUCUUCCUCUUCAUCGGAGUCAUCCUCUUCUCCAGCGCAGUGUACUUCGCCGAGGCGGACGACCCGGACUCCAGCUUCAGCAGCAUCCCGGACGCGUUCUGGUGGGCCGUGGUCACCAUGACAACCGUGGGCUACGGGGACAUGCAUCCGGUGACCAUCGGGGGAAAGAUCGUGGGGUCCCUGUGCGCCAUCGCCGGCGUGCUGACCAUCGCCCUGCCCGUGCCCGUCAUCGUCUCCAACUUCAACUACUUCUACCACCGCGAGACGGAGGGCGAGGAGCAGGCGCAGUACCUGCACGUGGGCAGCUGCCAGCCCCUGGCGGAGGGGGAUGAGCUGGGGAAGACGCACUCCACUUCCUCGCUGUGCAAGAGCGAGUACAUGGUCAUCGAGGACCAAGGGAUGAACAGCGCGUUCAAACAGCCAGCGCCAAACUUCCCCACCACCACCACGACGACCACCACCAUGACCACCACAGCGACGCAAAACAACUCACAGAAUUGUGUAAACAUUAGCAAAAAGAUCUUCACGGACGUCUAGACUUGGUGUUUGGAAUGGUGGGGGCCUUGGACCUGGGGGGGUGGGGGGAUGCGAUGCGCGCUGGUGAUCCUUGUUUUGUUCCCGUUACGCACCGCUGGCUGUGCGCGCGCGUGUGUGUGUGUGUGUGUGUGUGUGUGUGUGUGUGUGUGUGUGUGUGUGUGUGUGUGUGUGUGUGUGUGUGUGUGUGUGUGUGUGUGUGUGUGUGUGCGCGGGCGCGCGCGUGCAUAUGCGUGUGCGUUUGUGAGAUCUGGGGAGGGGGGAGAGCAGUUGUAGACAGAGUAGACAGAAACGCAAGCCUGUCUGCUCACAGAUCGCGAGCUGCCUUUUGAGUCAUGCAGAAUAUAUUGUGUGAAAUAUAGGAAUCUAUUCAUUCAUAUCGACUGGGUGAUUUAUAUUUGUUGCCAUUGUGAUGGAAUUAAUCGGUCGUGAAUUGUGCAAUAGCGAUUACUCAGUCACAGCGGUUAAGAGCUGUGAUUUAAGAAUGAAAUACUAGUAGCCAAAAUCCCUGUUGUAUCUUCGUGCGUAAAACGUCGUAAUUCGUCUUCAUGGACAUUCUAUAAUGUUGGCAUUCAUUUCAAUAUGUAUGCCUAUGUCAUCAAACACUGGAUGUCUAAAGGCACAGUUAAGAUAGUAUCUAGAUUUGAUAAUUAUGUGCGUAGUUUUUGUUGUGCGUUUAAGUCUGGUCGAAAUGCUGGUGUUCAAAUACCCUAACCCUAACCUUACACGUUUCUUUAUGGAUCCUAAUGCGUAGAACCAAACUAAAGCGACCAGCGUUACAAUGUCUUCACCGGUAAGAGUAUAUCGGAGGCAAAAUAGACCUGUUCAUUCAUGUUCAUACAUAAACACACACUGGUCAAAGAUGGAGCCUGUCAGCCUUUCUUUAGACGCCUCAGAUCGCCCGCUGUGAUGCAGUCGCCAUGACAACGGUCGUUUCCUAGUCACCGUUGCCAUGGCAUCUCUGUUUCCACAGUAACCUUCCAGAUGGCCCGGAAUAUACGCUGAAGAUUCCUAUCUAAAAGGCUCAUCUUCGGUUAAUUAAACAAGACUGCUUUUAACCCACGCUGUGCCGGAGUAAAGUGUCAGAUCAUCCAAAAUCAACAACACAAUCCCAACUCGCUCACAUUCAUAAUGUAUUGAAUUGGAUAUGACAUUUUAGUAUGGACACCCGGGUCCAAAAUAUCACCAGUGAUCACAACCCAUAAGCAAGGCACCAAAUCAUGAUAGCCGCCACCCUCUGAAUUGAGAGACAGAGGACCGAGCUUCGACGGAUGUGGAAUUAUGAAUGAAUGGAGGAGGAGGUACAUCGUGGCUGCCGUCCUAGCUGCGGUAUCCUCUUCUAUCCGGCAGAGGGUGCUGUUAACCCACUGAUAACAUCGGAGUUCACACUAAGGACGUACACUUCGGCCUUCACCUCUGUCAACCAAUGGAAACACAAUAUCAAGGGGCCAGAAUGGACAAGAAUGGGAAUACAGGGAGUAAGACUCAACUGGUUCUCUGCCUUUGCGAAGAACAACCAUUGCAUACUGGUUCAGCCAAUAAUACGUUCCCAUGAAUGAGUGUUAUUUCACUAAGUGUUUUGACAGUUGAGUCCUUUGUGGAGUCCAUUACAGCAAUGUGGAUUUUCCCAGGAUGGACCGGGAUCUCGGAAAGGGACAUUUGCAAUAUAAAGACGAUGCUGGAUUCAAAUCUAUACAUUCACCAAUAGAAUCACAAAAACAAUCCAAAACAUUUCACUAGUACACUUUGGCCGCAAACAUGGUUUUGGGCCCCACUGUUUACUCCAUCUUGUUUGUUUUAUGGGAAGUAAUAUUUAUUCAAGGCAGACAACAGCUUUGGAGUGUAUAGUCAAGGUUGGAGGUGAAAAAAUAAAAGUAAUAGUGAAUUGCUUUUCGCGGUAGCUUUCCUGUAUAAUGUUACGAUACAAAUCGAGGACUGUUAGCCAUAUGCCUUCAAUUUUCUCAGUGUGCUCUGUAUUGCUACUGUGUGAAGAGACAAACACUUACCUGAGCUGGUUGCUGCUAUUCCCCCGACACAUUCAGAACGACGCACACAAACACACACAUACACACCAAACACUCAGACACACACACCCAAAUGGACACAAACCUGUAGAGAGCUUAAUUUGGUUCCACACUGCCUGGAUGUGUUUUUUUAAAUGAGCCCCAACAUGUCAGGGGAAGGUUAUUCAUGCCACUAUUUGUGUGAUUGCGCUGUGUUAUAUUAAACAUGACCUGUAGGAACAUA